CUUCACCGUAAAGCCCAGACAUACCCAACAUUAACCUAGUUAUUCAUUAUCAAGGAUACCAAGGUCGCCAUGAAACGCGAAUAUCUCCCCCUCGAGACCCUUCCUUCCUGGUCGCGCCUGAACGGCAUCACGACCAAUGGCGUGGCAUUCCGAAAGCUCGCGCAGACAGACAGCGACGACGCCGACAAGGGAACUGCCAUCGUAGCGACGGAGGAGAGGUCUAGUGCAGAUGAAGAAGGGGGUGAGGAUGCUGGAGAGGUUCUGCUGAGCGUGCCGGCGGAUAUGGUUCUUUCGCUGCAGAUGGUUGAGAUUCAUGCAAAGUCGGAUCGGUAUCUGAGAGAGGUGUUAGAUGCAGUGGGGGAUUUUGGUAAGACAGCGCGCGGUGCAAUCCUGAUCUUCCUGAUCAUGCAAAUCACGCAUACAAGUCCCGACACUACAAACGAGCCGCAUAAGAUCGGAGUGUCGAAUCCCUGGACCGAAUACGUAAGGUACAUGCCGUCUUCGAUCACGUUGCCUACAUUCUACACGGAGGAAGAACUGGAGCUUCUCCGGGGCACUUCUCUCCGGUUGGCAGUCGAUGCGAAGGUCAUCUCCCUUGAGAAGGAAUUUGAGCAUCUGCGCAAGUCCACGGAGGGGAUUCCCUGGUGUGAGAAGUUGUGGUGGGAUGAGGAGACCGGUAGAUUUACGUUUGACGAUUGGAGAUAUGUCGACGCCGUGUACCGGUCGCGCAUGGUCGACUUGCCGAGCAGCGGUCAUGCGAUGGUUCCCUGCAUUGAUAUGGCAAAUCAUGCGUCUGAUGAUGCGGUGAAGGCCUUGUAUGACGAGGACACCGAAGGGAAUGCCGUCCUGCGAUUGCGUUGGGGCAAGAAGUUAAGUGCUGGGGAUGAGGUUACAAUAUCGUAUGGCAAUGAGAAACCUGCAUCGGAGAUGGUUUUCUCGUACGGGUUUCUUGAUCGUGCCCAAACGGCGGCCAAUCAGGUCGUUGUCGACCUGGAUAUCCCAGAUGACGAUCCAUUGAAGAUGGCAAAGUUGGCCUUUUGCAAAGAUGCGCCAGGUGUUCGGCUACUGUCGCCUCCUGCAAGUUCCGAUAGCCAGAGCAUCAGCUGGGACAGUCCAUUUGUUUGGUGGGCUUGCGUCAACGAGGAAGAUGGGCUCGAUUUCAAUGUGCUACAGACCAAUGACGGCGGACGAGAGCUUAGAGCUAGUUGGAAAGGCGAGGAAGUGGACCUCCCCGGAGGUCUCAGAAACUGCUUAGCUACGGAUCCCCUAUGGGAAGUAUUCCAGCUUCGAGCCGUCGUGACCAUCCUGGACCGGCUGGAAACCCAGUUUUUUACGCUUCAGCAGACCCAAGGGAUGAUUGCGGAGAUCGCCCAGGAUGAGACUAUGCGGGAAAUCUUCAGACCUGACGUGUUUGGUACGGUUAUGAGACUGCGAGAGUUAGAAGCGACAAUGUUGGAGAAGGCGAUCGAGAGCCUCUCGAAACAGCGAGACGAUUUGAUGACCACACCGACGGUCAGCGCUUAUCUCAGCAGCCAGCAGUCGGGCGAGAUCGACGAAGAUUUCUCGUGAUCCAGCGAUGCAGUGCAUUAUGAUUCAUUGAAAGGCAAUGGCACUCCGCAUUCAGGGCGGACAUCGAUAGAUGACAUAUUAGGAUAAUCAUGGCGACCCGAUCUUCAACGUCGAUCAAAGUUUUGGACCAUCCAUGCGUGGGGACAUCAGAUCCAUCGAAUCACGAGGAGGGAACCGGCGAGAUCGACUUCUCCGGUUGGGGUACAACGUGGA